AUGAGCAGCUUCAUACGCAUAAAGCGUAAGCGGAAUGAGGAGCCACUAGAUGCGCUGUUAAUCGGCGAGCAGGAAGAUAAAGAGGGGAGUGAUCGACCAAUUGCGCGCAAGAAACGACAGAAACAGGGUCUAUUCAAAUUGGCAGAAACGGUCGAGCAAUCCACAUUCACAUCUGAGACUACCAAAGAAGAGCUACAGUCGCGGCUAAAGAGGAAGGCGGAGGAUGAGCAGGAUGAUUCAAGCUCAGUGGAUCAGCGGCGGCGAAGCAAUCACAAUAACGCAGAAAUCACUCAACCUCCCCGCAAACGUUAUCAUGUUAUUAAAGGCGAUCGUGAUGUUAGUAGCGAUGUAUUUAUCGACGUAGAGGAAGAAAAGAGGAGGAUUGAAGAUGGAAAGCCAGCUGAGGCAACCAACACUGCCAAACCACUCGAUCCAUUCGACGAAGACAGUGAACAAAUGCGCGAGUUUCGAAGAUUGGUGGAGGAUUACUUGAAGAUGCAAGAAGUUGUUUCGAUCGAUAGCAAUGAUAGUGAAAAAGGUAACGAUAAAGAAGACAAGAAUACAGUAAACAACAACAACGAUUACGUGUUUGACGUUUAUUACAGAGACUCAAAGAAAUCUCAUCACUCACCAGAAAUAUUGUCAAACAUCGGUCUGUUGACUGGUUUGAGUGAUGAGUUUGGCGCUGGAGUGGACUACUCGAGCGAUAGCACAGAUAUAAAGGAUGAAGCGGACGAGGAUAGUAAUGAGGAGGACUAUUAUACUAAUGACUACCCCGAUGAGGAGGUGGGCAGUGAGGAGGAGGAGUACGAUAAUAACUUUGUUUCAUCUGAGAGUGAUUGA